UAACAUAUUAAAAGUUUUAGCAGACUGUAUUCUUUCUCUUUCUUCGGUUUCUAAACUCUCUCCACCUUAUUUUCUCUCUAAAAACACCCGAAAAUAAUCAAAAUUGCACCUUAAUUUUUACCAUUUGUAGAGAAGAUUUACUCCAUUCAUACAAAUAAGGUGGUCGUCUCCGAAAAUGAAUAAUGAUCGAUCUUGGAUGUAUGAGAGGAUUGAUGAUAGAGGAUUCUUGAAUUCUCAAUUUAUUGCCGGUGUGGAAGAAUUUAUGAAUUAUGUCAUAUCUCAGCCUACAUCUAUUGGUGGGACAAGUAUACAAUGUCCUUGUUCAAAGUGUAAGAAUCGAAAAUUUUGGAAUGGAGAUAUGGUGAAGCUGCAUCUAUUGAAGAAUGGAUUUGUGAAAGAUUAUUAUGUAUGGAGUCGACAUGGAGAGUCAUACAUUUAUAAUGAAAAUGACGAACAUCCUUCAGCAAAUUAUUCAAAUAUUUCGCGGGGCACGGAUGGGAACAACUUAAUGUACAAUAUGGUGAUUGAUGCAGCUGGUCCCAGUUUUGAUCCGCAUGGUUCAGAAGAGAUGCCGAAUGCAACGGCACAAAAUAUAUAUACACCAUGUUAAAGUCUUCAGAACGAGAGUUAUAUGAUGGUUGUGAAACUUCACAGUUGGCUGCCAUGGCUCAAAUGUUGAGUUUGAAAUAUGAUCAUCACUGGUCGGAGGCAUGUUAUGAUCAGACAUCACAAUUCGUCAAAGGUAUCUUGCCUGAAGACAAUACAUUUCUUGAUAGCUUCUAUAGCACAAAGAAACAUAUGGAAGGACUGGGUCUACCUUCCAUUCAUAUCGAUUGUUGUGUUAAUGGAUGCAUGAUAUAUUGGAACGAAGACAUUGACAUGGAGUCAUGUAAAUUUUGUUCUCAGCCGAGAUACAAAAUUAGAGUUAACAGAUCUACAAGAGAGAGAAAGAAAGUAGCUGUUCAAAGGAUGAUAUAUUUUCCACUGGCCCCGAGAUUGCAAAGGUUAUAUGCCUCAGCGACUACUGCAACUCAUAUGAGAUGGCAUGCUGAUCAUUAUAAGGAAGAUGGUGUGAUGCAUCACUGUUCAGAUUCAGAGGAGUGGAAGCAAUUUGAUAGAGCACAUCCAUUAUUUUCCUCAGAGGUAAGAAAUGUGAGACUUGGACUUUCUGCUGAUGGAUUUCAGCCAUUUGGUAGUUCAGGCAAGCAAUAUUCUUCUUGGCCAAUUAUUGUGACUCCAUAUAACUUACCUCCCUGGAUGUGUUCAAAAGAAGAGUACAUGUUUUUAUCCGUACUUGUACCUGGUCCGAGAAAUCCAAAGCAGAAGAUAGAUGUUUUUCUUCAACCAUUGAUUUCCGAGUUAAAAAUGUUAUGGGAAGUUGGCGUAGAGACAUGGGAUACUUCUUUGAAACAAAAUUUCCAGAUGCGAGCUGCAUUGAUGUGGACUAUAAGUGACUUUCCUGCUUGUUCGAUGUUAUCAGGAUGGAAAACUGCUGGUCAUUUAGCUUGUCCUCAUUGUGCUCAUGAACAUGAUGCUUAUAAUCUCAAACAUGGAGGAAAGACAACAUGGUUCGAUAAUCAUCGAAAAUUCUUACCUGUAAAUCAUCCAUUUCGAAAGAAUAAAAACUGGUUUACCAAGGGGAAGGUCGUGUCUGAAUUUCCUCCACCAAUUCGGACAGGUGAAGAUGUCUUACAAGAAAUUGAGUCACUUGGUUUGAUGAAACUUACUGAAUUGGGAAGUGAGGAACACAAUGCCAAAAUCAUUAAAACUUAUAAUUGUGGAUGGAAAAAGCGAAGCAUCUUUUGGGAUUUGCCAUAUUGGAGGACAUUAUCAAUUAGACAUAACCUUGAUGUUAUGCACAUUGAAAAGAAUGUGUUUGAGAAUAUUUUUAACACUAUUAUGGCCAGCGAAGGUAAAACUAAAGAUAAUGCUAAAGCAAGAGCUGAUAUUGCACUUCUUUGUCGGAGGCCUGAGUUAGCAAUCAAUGAGUCAACACGGAAAUAUCCCAAAGCAUGUUACAGCUUAGAUAAAAAGGGUAAAGAAGCCGUGUGCAAAUGGUUACAAGAUCUUAAAUUUCCAGAUGGAUAUGUGUCAAAUAUGGGACGCUGCAUCGAUAUGAAAAAAUACAAGUUAUUUGGAAUGAAAAGUCAUGACUGCCAUGUGUUUAUGCAAAGACUUCUACCAAUUGCUUUUCGAGAAUUUCUUCCGAAUAAUGUUUGGGAAGCUGUUACAGAGUUGAGCCUCUUUUUCAAGGAUCUAGCUUCAGCCACUUUGAAAGUUAGUGAUAUGUGCAUACUUGAAGAACAGAUUCCAGUGAUACUUUGCAAGUUAGAACGUAUAUUUCCACCAGCUUUGUUUGACUCAAUGGAACAUCUUUUGGUGCAUUUAUCGUAUGAGGCACGUAUAGCUGGUCCUGUACAGUAUCGUUGGAUGUACCCCUUUGAACGGUUCUUACGCCACUUAAAGAAUAAUAUAAAAAACAAAGCUCGAGUGGAGGGUUCCAUAUGUAAUGCUUACUUGGUGGAAGAAGCUUCAAAAUUUUGUUCACAUUACUUUGAACAACAUGUUCAAACAAAACAAAAAAAAGUUCCUCGAAAUGAUUCCAGUGGAGGUGGAGAGAGCUUUGAGGGAGAUUUUUCUAUAUUUUCUCAUCCUGGACGAGCAUCUGGUUGUGCUAAUGUCCGCUAUCUUGAUGAUCGAGAAUAUAUGGCAGUCCACAAUUAUGUCUUGUUAAAUUGUCCCGAGGUUGCGCCAUAUACUGACUUUACUUUUGUCUUAAAGAUGAGUGCUGCACGAAGACUUCGAUUGUCAAAUAGUCCCAAUCCAGGGAACUCUAAGAACACACACCUGGAUCACAGCGAUCAGAGGCGGAGCACACACCUGGACAAUCACCUGGACAAUCAAGGGUGCUAUCUUCAGCAUCUGCAAAUGAACCUGCCAAUGAAUCCGCAAAUCCAUAUUGGGCUGUUGGCUCCAUUCAUGAUGACGGGCGUAUACGGAUUGAAGUAAUCAGUGGAUUGUUAGAGCCUUCAGGUAGAUGCUCGCGAGCGAUUUCAGACUCUAUUUCUGAGAGGCAGGAUCCUACUGGGUUCAGCUGGAAGGCAGUGUCCGAGGAGGUUAAAGCAUUUUAUUUUGACGAGUUCAGGAAAUCAUUUGUUUGGAGACAAGAUGACAAAAUAAUAUAUAAAGCAUGGUCCAAGAAAGCGAGUCUCCGUUAUUCAAGCUUUUGUAGUGAUGCCCGGGCAAAAUGGGAAAAAGGUCAGCAAGAUAAUAGAAUUGCUAUGCAUGUAUGGUUGCGUUGGGUUGAGUUUUGGAAAACCCCGGAUUUUCAAGUUAAAUCAACAACUCAAAAGAAGAAUCGCAAGGGUGGGGCUGAAAAAUACCCUCCUACUCACACAGGUGGUUCAGCCUCUUUAAGGACACAUGCGGGCGGAGACUCAGGGUAAGGAUCCAACUCCGGCUGAUAUUUAUCUCCUUACACAUACAGUGAAACAAGACAAAAAGACUUUUGUUACCAAGAAAGCGGAACAAGUCUAUAAAAGGGUUGUGGAAAUCCGGGAGGAACUUUCGGCACCUAUUGAAGGUUCUGAUGAACCUCGAGUUGUUGACGAAGACAAAAUAUUUCUUGAGGCUGCUGGUGGACUAGACAAGAAAAACAGAGUGUAUGGCAUGGGAUCAUUGCAAAGUGUCAUUUAUGGACCUGGAACUAGUGGCAGUGUUACCACUUCUCGUUACAGGGGCUCCAACUCCAACAAUGAAGAAUACCAACAAAUGCAAGUUGAGUUACAAGACAUGAAGAAUCAAGUGAAGCAACUACAAGAGAUGAGAAAUCAAGAAUUAGAAGAGAUGAGAAAGCAAAUGGAAGAGAUGAAGAACCAACUUGCUAUGGUAUUUAAUAAUAGGAAUGAAAAUUAGAUAUUAUGUAUGGGACAAGCUAGCUUUUUAUAUGUUAUGUAUGACUUAUGCCUUAUAACUUCGGAUGUUUGGAUGUUAGUUUUGCUUUUAAUUCAUGACCUUUUCUUUUA